CCUUCCGGGCCGGACGAGCCUCGCUGGGGCAACACUGGGCGGGUCCUGCGCCGAGUGUCCCUGCCCAGCACCCGUAGCGGCUGCACUUCGCUGCUCGGCACCCGUAGUGGCUGCGUGUCAUUCGCCGUUUCCGGUGCUGUCCGUGGGGUCGCGGUGGCGGAAAAAUGCUGAGAAGCCUGAGAGGACUUGUCUGCCAUCCUCAAAAGUUGGACCAUCGGUACGCCCUCCAUACGGCAGCCAAGGAUUGCUUAAGCUCCCUUGUCAAACAGGAUGUCCAAACACCGGCAGAAGGACCAAGAGCAGUUUUCUACACCAGCGAGAACGACCCGGCCAACCACGCUGAGCACCACGAGGGUCGCCACUACACCAUCCCACUUGAGGAGGUGAAGGCUGUGUUUCCACACGGACUGCCCCAUCGCUUCCAGCAGCAGAUUAAGACCUUCAACGAAGCCUGCCUGAUGGUGCGAAAACCAGCUCUAGAACUCUUUGCUUACUUGAAAAAGUCUAACUUCGCGCACCCAGCUGUCAGAUACGUGAUCUAUGGUGAGAAAGGAACCGGGAAGACCAUGACUUUGUGUCACGUGGUUCACUACUGCUCAAGGCAAGGCUGGCUGGUGCUGCACAUCCCAGAUGCUCAUCUCUGGGUGAAAAACUGCAGGGAGCUUUUGCAGUCUUCUUACAACAAAGAUCGGCUCGAUCAGCCUUUGCAAGCAUCUUUUUGGCUGAAGAACUUCAAAACCUCAAACGAGCGCUUCCUAAAAGAGAUAAAAACACAAAGAAAAUAUGUGUGGGGCAAACGAGACAGCACGGAGGAGGGCAGACCGCUGGGUGAGGUGGUGGAGCAGGGUUUAGCUCGUGUGAGAAACGCCAGCGACGCUGUUGGGGUUGUGCUGAAAGAGAUAAAGCAGCAAUGUCACCUUGGCUUCUUCCGGCUCCUUGUGGCGGUGGAUGGCGUCAAUGCACUCUGGGGAAGGACCACGCUGAAAAAGGAAGACAAAAGUCCUGUUUCUCCAGAGGAACUGACACUUGUGUACAACCUGAGGAAGAUGAUGAGGAACGACUGGCGACAGAGGACGGGCACAGGGUUCCUGCAUCGCCCAAGAGGUCAGGUCAGAACAGACAGUGCUGUUCCCGAUUCCUGUGCGAAACCCAAGUGUCUCGCCCCAAGCCGGAGGGGUUUAAUUACCAUUAACGCAUUCUUUGAACUAAGGAGGGCUUUUGGUUCCUGAACGUUUUAGUGUAGGAGAGCAACUCGCGCUCUGUUUUCAAUGCCCUGCAUGCCAGCGUCUCUGACAGGGCGCCUUCAGGUUUAAAAGGAUGUGGAGAAAUUGCUAAAAUAGAUGGGUUGGUUGCACAGAAAGCCAUUUGGAGGUGAGUGACGCGUCUGGACACAGCACUGGGAGCAUGAGCUGUGCGUCCCCUGCGCUGGGUGUGGCAAGGGUUCAUGUAGUCAUAGAAUCAUAGAAUAGUUUGGGUUGGAAGGGACCUCAAAGCCCAUCCAGUUCCACCCCCUGCCAUGGGCAGGGACACCUCCCACUGGCUCAGGGGCUCCAAGCCCAAUCUAACCUGGCCUUGAAACCCUCCAGGGCUGGGGUAGCCACAACCUCCCCUGGGCAACCUGUUCAUGUCCCACCACUGUCAUGGUGAAGAAAUUCUUCUUAAUGUCUAGUCUAAAUCUGCCCCUCUCCAGUUUAUCCCCGUUCCCCCUCGUCCCAUCCCCACAAGCCUUUAUGAACAGCCCCUCUCCAGCUUUCCUGGAGCCCCUUCAGGUACUGGAAGGUCACUCUAAGGUCUCCUGGGAGCCUUCUCUUCUCCAGGCUGAACCCCAACUCUCUCAGCCUGUCCUCGUACAGGAGGUACUCCAGCCCUUGCAUCAUCU